CGGCUGCUCCUCAGUUUCCCAAUAUCCAUAGACAAUCCCAUUGACUCUAACACAUCGCCUCGAUCACCCAACGUCACCCCAACCUGAUCAUCUUGCCACUUGUGACACGUACAGCCCACACACAGCUUCGCAAGCCCCAUUGCACCGACCGCAACAAUGCCUUCCGCCAUUGCCAUCAAGCAAAUCGAAGGCAAGCCGGGCCAAGUAUACUACCCGCUGGAGAAGAUCGCAAUUCCAGAGCCCAAGCCAGAAGACAACGAAGCUGUAAUAACCCUCACAGCCGCCGCCCUCAACCACCGCGACCUCUUCAUCCGGCAACACCUGUACCCGGGCACAGCCUUUGGCGUCCCACUGCUCGCCGACGGCGUCGGGCUCGUAACAUCCUCUGGCCGCGCCGCCAAACAAUGGCUCAACAAGCGCGUCAUCCUGAACCCGGGGACGGGCUGGAAAGACUCUCUCGACGGCCCCGAGGCGCCCAAAGGCUACGCGAUCCUCGGCGGCACGAAGAGCAAUCCCGCCGGCACGCUGGCAGACCACAUCGUGCUGGAUGCAGGGGAGCUGGAGGAGUGUCCUGAGCAUCUGAGUGAUGAGGAGGCGGCGGCGCUGCCGCUCACGGGUUUGACGGGGUGGCGCGCAUUCCGGGUGAAGUGUGGAGGUAAUGCACAGAGGGGGAGGAAUAUACUUGUCACGGGGAUUGGGGGCGGAGUGGCGCUCAUGGUGCUGUUGUUUGCGGUGGCCGAGGGGUGUAAUGUGUACGUGACGAGUGGGGAUCAGGAGAAGAUUGAUAAGGCGGUGAAGUUGGGCGCGAAGGGUGGAGUGUCUUAUAGGGAGAAGGACUGGGAGAAGAAGUUGAAGGGGAUGUUGCCGGGGGACAGGAAUUACCUGGACGCCAUUGUUGACGGUGCUGGUGGGGAUGUUGUUGCAAAGGGGAGCCGGUUGCUCAAGGCCGGCGGUGUUAUCUCCAUCUACGGCAUGACGAUCAGCCCGAAGAUGGACUUUCUCAUGAGUGCCGUGCUGCGCAACAUCGAGGUCCGAGGCUCGACAAUGGGAUCGCGCAAGGAGUUCGCGGACAUGGUUGCGUUUGUGCGCGAGAAGAAGUUGAAGCCCAUUGUGAGCCGGAGUGUGCAUGGGCUGGACAUCAAGCAGAUUGACACGCUGUUCGAUGACAUGAAGAACGCGAGUCAGUUCGGGAAGUUGGUUGUGACACUGGGGGAGGGGAAGGGGAGUAAGCUGUAAAGCAAAAGAGACUGCAUACACAGUACGCCAUACUGGGUCUUCAGAUGUUUCGCAGGC